AUGUUCGAGGAAGAUGACCUUUCAAACGUCUUCGCGAUUCCAGACUUCCGGAAGCCGUCCAAAUUGCUAAAUGACCAAUUGCCAAGGGCCGACACUGGCUUCUUUGCUCUCGACCUGACAGCCCCAGAGUUGCCUUCUUCAUGCAGUCCUCCCGAUCCUCAGCCCAGCGAACUCUUCACACUCCCUGCCAUAGACCCUGCACCGCAGCAGGAGGAGUCGAACACGGACCAGAUCCCCGAUUUUACGUUUGAAGAGCCCACAGCAGAGGAAGAGGCAGAACUUUGGCUCUGGGAAGAGACUCAGUGUUCUUCUCCUGGCAAGACGAGCAUGAAGCCUUCAAGCCAGCCUUACCCCGGAUCAGGAUACCGGCAUAUUCGGUUUGUCGACAGCACGUAUUUGAAGAACCCGACUCCAUGCCGCGUUGCUUUGGCGAGCGCUGUGGACAAGGCCCUGUUGGUUAUCCAAAGCAGUGUCGCCUUGCAUCACCAACACCCACGGUCGAUUCUCCAAGUUCAAUCGCUCGUCGCGCACACAUACACUACUUUGCGCCAGUUUGAGUCCUUGGUGUCAAAGAUACGACGAGAUCAUCUAGAUGAAGAUGUUUUCGUCAUUGUAUUCCAGCAGGCUCAAUCUGCUGAGUACGCCGAGACCCAUCUCAGAGAUAUGAUGCGAGAAGUCCUCCGGCGAGUAUCAAAACCCUGGAUUGAGCUUGUCGAAGAGUGGAUCGGCACACGGCGUGAACUUGGCGUUCCUCUGAGCAAACACGAAGUUGGAAGACAAAAGGGCUUCAUCAAGGUGGAAUCCGAAACCCAUAUGGACGAUUUCGGUGACGAGGUCGACGAGGUCGAUUUCCGCCUUGAUACUGAGCGAAUACCUAGCUUUAUGCCGGAAGAUGUUGUCAAAUCUCUAUUCGAGGUUGGACGAAAUCUUCGUUUCAUAAGGUCAAAUCAUCCCGGACACCCUUUGUCACAAGAGAGCAUUAUCUCUUCAAGUCGACCCCCGACAGUUGAGUGGCUUUUUGAUUGGGACUCGGUCGUGCAGUUGGAGGAUAGGAUCCGAUCAUAUGAAAGUGCGGUUCUUGAAGCCAUCAAGAACUUUUCUCUGCAGGGAUCAGUCGAAACAGCGGCACCAGCUUGGCCGAUUGGAAACUCAGCGACCUAUCAAUUGCAGCUGUUUGGUCUAGACGAGAAUCAGCUACAAAGCAGAUUGGCUUUAUCUAUUCAGGACUUCGCCAAACCGAUUGCCGACUCGACGUCCGAAGACCUGCUAGGCAUCAUCAUUCGGGAUCGCUUGUCUGAUGUUACGACCGAGAUCGCCAGUGCAGGCACUGAUUUUACACCGCAUUGGUCACUGCUUCCGAUCCUCUCCUUCGGGUCCAUCAUAUCUGCGCAAUCUAGAGUCGUGGGCAGGGAAAGUCUGAAACUGCUCUUCACAUCCCACAACUUGCGCGAGCAUCUGAAGCUUCAGAAAGAGUUCCACUUGUUGGGUAACGGAUUCUUCUGCAGCCGCCUCUCCCAUGCCCUAUUCGACCCAGAUCUCGAGACGGCAGAGAGACAGUCUGGUGUUGCUCACCAAGGCGGAGUCAUGGGAUUACGAUUAAGCGGUAGGGACACUUGGCCACCCGCCAGUUCUGAGCUACGCUUGGCCCUGAUGGGAGUAUUAACGGAAAGUUAUGAGGGAUCGCUGCACGAAGAUUCAAGACCUCGAGAUGGCGAAAAGAACGAACUCCCCGGGGAUCUUAGUUUCGGAGUCCGGAGUCUCUCAAAUGAGGAAAUCGACAAAUGCAUGGAUCCUACGGGACUAGAGGCCUUGGACUUUCUCCGGCUAUCCUAUAAGUCACCUGCAGCUUUAGGGGCUAUUAUCGCCCCCGUUAUUCUGGUGCAGUAUGACCGAAUUUUCAAACUGCUACUUCGGGUGCUGCGGAUGCAAUAUACUGUCAACCGUAUCUUCCGCGAUGUCACGGCUAGGGAGUCGGGCUGGCAAGAUGUCGAUGACGUAUCUAUUCGCUUCUGCUUUGAAGCUCGUCACUUUGUAUCCAGCCUCAGUUCCUACAUCUUCGAUAUUGGCAUCGGAAUGCCGUGGCAGGCAUUCGAGAAACUACUGAGCCAAAUUGAGAUGGAUCUCAGGGCCGAAGACCAGAGCACAGUCUCUACCUCAGUCCUUAGCCCUGAUCGCCUGAGGGAACACCAUUCUCAAGUGCUUGAUCGAAUCAUGCUUGCACUACUCUUGCGCAAGCGGCAACAGCCUGUGCUCAAGCUUCUCGACGACAUUUUCCGGGUCGUGUUGAAGUUCGCCCAAUACUCGAGACUCCAAAACGAAGGGCGGAAAUCUCGUGGUCAAGGUGACGCUACCGCCAAGGGCCUAUACAAGAUGUUUAAGCGGAAUGUCGAGGUUUUCUUGGCGGUUUGCAAGGGCCUGAGUGAAAAAGGAGAUUACGGAACGAAGGAUACAGCUGGAGAGAAGCUGUCCUCAGGAAGAGUUGACGCACUAGAGGGAAACCCCAUAGCUCAGCUUGUACUGAAGCUAGACAUCUCAACAAUCGCCGAACAAGCUAGCACCAUGGCUCGUCCCGGCCCCUCCGCACGGAAUCUCACUCUCACAGAAGAGUUGGAGAAGUUAGAGCAGUCUAUCACCUUGACUCUCCAGGAAAUCGACCACAACUUUAGCAAGGCGCACCGUAUCGUAACCACGAAUAUCUUGCCCAUUGUAGAGCAAUAUGGCGAGCAUUCGCGAAACGUUUGGGAUGCUUCGAAGUUCUGGAAACAAUUCUUCGAGGCCUCGGCCAACGUUUCCCUCUCCGGUUACGAAGAGAACGCCAACAAUGGCAAUGAUGAAACCGGCGCAACUGAAGAGGAGUCGACCGUUCAAGAAGAUACAUCCGUCGACUAUACCCGCACACCCCAACAACAACGCACCGAAGGCGAAGACAUGACCAUAGUUUCGACCGCCGACUCUACUUUCCGUGCAGACGAUUCCGUACUCGAUGACAAUGACCUCACUGGCAGCACACCCCGGCCACCUAAAACAAAGACGAUGAAGCCGCAGUUCUCAAACCUCGAAUCCCCCUACGAGACACUCAAGCGCGAGCUGAAAGGCGAGCCACCUGCACCGCACGAGGAGGACGACGAGAACGAGGAUCUUGGACUCGAGGAGGACUCAACUGUCCUCUUUGCGCAGCACACGGCCCGUCUUCCGGACAUGUCCAUGACACCACGCUCCUCGUUCGCGCCGCCGCAACAGCAGCAGAGCCACAAGGACCCUCUCAUGCACCGCAUGCUUGAUAAGACGUUCCGCAUCCAGGCUACGCCGCACAAGGGUCCCACUUACCGCGUCUCGCCGCUGAAGCGCGACGACAAGAACAAGGAGAAGGAAAACGUACCUGCAUGGCAGCAGGACUCGCCCAUGUCCUCGCCGGUCAUGGCCGUUCCAAAGCUACGUAGCGAGGCCUUCAUGUCUCCUAUCAAGAGCAAUGCCAGACAGCGUCUUGCUGCCGCGACUGCAUCUGCGGGACCGCGAACCCCGGGCGUGAGCGUGCAAACCCCAGGUGGUGCGAGGAAGACCAAGGACGUGUUUGCUACCAAAGGCAACUACGAUGACGAUACGACUACGGAUCUCGGUGCCAAGUUUGAUAAGCAAAGGUACGAGAUCGACUGGGAAAGCGAUAGUGACGAAGACCAUGGGCUGUAUGGCGGUAUGAGUCCGCCCAAGACCAUCCAGUUUGCACUUCCGCCGUCGAAACUGCUUCAGACCCCUGCUCGCGAGGCCAGCAAGCGCAUUGUGGACGAUAUUCUGCUUACGGCUGGCGCCGAGCCGGAAAGCUCAGAGUAUAGUCCUACGAUGGUCAAGAUGAACGAGGACAUUCUCAAUGAAAGCUUUUGA